UGCAAAACCACAGGAUUUAUUGUGCAUGCAUAGUUCAGAAUACAGGAACGUGUGUAGGAGUGAGGGCGGGUGCCAUUGAGUGGGGCCUGUACCCUGCAAGUGAGGCCCAUAUACCCUGAAUGGUGUCUUGCUCACAGAUGGCGCCUGGGUCCCCCAUUUGAUACUGAGACCCGUAUACUGUGAAUGAGGCCAGUAUCCCGAGUAAGUCGUGGUCCCACGCUACAAGGCCAGUGCCCCUUGAUUUAGGCCUAUAUAAUCCUGAAUUCCACCUGGCCACUGGAAGGGGGAAUUGUAACCCCCAGUGAAACCUGUACCCCCUGGAAGGAGGCUUCAUAUCCCCUGAAUGAGGUCGGGUCUCCUCGAAUGAUUUCUGGCCCUCUGUGGUUUCGGCGUUUUUUGCUGGUUAAUGAAAGUGGUGCUUCCAGGCCCCAAGUCCUUCUUAUCGGGACCUUUAAGAGAAGCGUCUCAGGCCACAGCGACGCAGACCCCAGCUCAAGGCUGCACCGUUGCCAUGGAGACGGUUGGGCGGGGGACAGGGGAGGGCGUGCGGCUCCGUCUGCGCAGGCGCAGGCCGGAGCAGCCGCGUCGCAGCGGAACUGCUGAGAUUCAGGCCCAGGGUGCGCGCUCAGACGCCGCGCGAGCGCCAGGCAAGCGGCGGCUCCCACCUCCCACGCCCCUCCAGGUGCACUCGGCGCCGCCCCCCUGCACCUGGUCGCGGUGCCGAGUCACUCAGGCCUCUGUCAGAGAGGGAGGGAGCUGCCCUGGAAAGCAGACACGUAAGCCCCCUGCGGAUCCUCAGACAGCUCUGGAGAGGGGUCCCGGGGGAGGGUCACUGCGUCCAGCCGGCCAGCAGGUAGCUAGAACCCCCGAGGCCCGAGCCCCACUCCAGCCUUGCCACAUUCACCGGAACCGGGACUCUAAGCCCUGCGGGUGGCUUGCCAGGGUUGCAUUGACACCGUGCGCUGCAGCCCACCCCUAUCUCGGGCUCCCUGCUGCUCCAAGAUCAGCGCCGAGGGGGCGGCACCAUGGCCAUGAGCAUUUUGCAGGACUGGUGCCGGAGUCUGGACGUGGACGCGCAUAGGGCCCUGCUGGUCACCGGCAUCCCGGAGGGCCUGGAGCAGGCAGACGUUGAAGCCGUCCUGCAGCCAACCCUCCUGCCCCUGGGCACGUUCAGGUUGCGACACAUGAAGGGCUUGAUGAACGAGAAGGCCCAGGCCGCCCUGGUGGAGUUUGUGGAGGACGUCAAUCACGCUGCCAUUCCCAGGGAGAUCCCAGGCAAGGACGGGGUCUGGAGGGUUCUGUGGAAGGACCGUGCGCAGGACACGAGGGUCCUGAGGCAGAUGAGACGCCUGCUGCUGGAUGACGGACCCACGCAGGCCGCGGAGGCUGGGGCCCCCGGGGAGGGGCCCACCCCUCCAGCUUCGGAGACCCAGGCCCAGGAUUCUGGGGAGGUGACAGGGCAGGCUGGCUCGCCUCUUGGGGCAGCCAGGAACGCAAGGAGGGGCCGUCGGGGUCGUAGAAACAGAACCAGACGCAACAGGUUGACCCAGAAGGGCAAGAAGAGAAGCCGAGGAGGGCGGCCGUCUGCUUCCGCGAGGAGUGAGGCUGAGGACUCUUCCGAUGAGAGCCUGGGCAUCGUGAUCGAGGAGAUCGACCAGGGGGACCUGAGCGGAGACGAGGACCAGAGUGCGCUGUACGCCACGCUCCAGGCGGCUGCCAGGGAGCUGGUUAGGCAGUGGGCGCCCUGCAGCUCGGAGGGGGAAGAUGGUCCCCGCGAGUUCUUGGCUCUGGUCACUGUCACCGACAAAGCGAAGAAAGAAGAGGCAGAGAAGGAGCCAGCUGGGGCCGAAUCCAUCCGCUUGAACACCAAAGAAGACAAAAAUGGCGUCCCCGACUUAGUGGCCCUGCUGGCUGUGAGAGACACCCCGGACGAGGAGCCGGUGGACAGCGACGCUUCGGAGAGCGACUCGCAGGAAAGUGAGGACCAAGAAACAGAGGGGUUGGAUAAUCCUGAGUUCGUGGCCAUUGUGGCCUAUACCGACCCGUCGGAUCCCUGGGCCCGGGAGGAGAUGUUGAAAAUCGCUUCUGUUAUCGAGUCUCUAGGCUGGAGCGACGAGAAAGACAAGCGAGACGCCCUCCAACAGGUCUUGUCCGUUAUGUCCAAGGACACUAACGGGACCCGCGUGAAGGUGGAGGAGGCGGGCCGCGAGGUGGACGCCGUGGUCCUGCGCAAGGCCGGGGACGACGGGGACCUCCGGGAGUGCAUUUCCACCUUGGCGCAGCCAGAUCUCCCUCCCCAGGCGAAGAAGGCUGGGUGUGGCCUCUUCGGGGGCUGGAGCGAGCACGGUGAGGACGAGGGGGGCCUUCUGGAGCUGGUGGCGCUCCUGGCUGCCCAGGACAUGGCGGAGGUGAUGAAGGAGGAAAAAGAAAACGCCUGGGAAGGCGGGAAGUACAAAUACCCCAAAGGCAAACUGGGGGAGGUAUUGGCGCUCCUGGCCGCCCGGGAGAACAUGGGGUCCAACGAGGGGUCAGAGGAGGCUUCGGACGAACAGUCCGAGGAGGAGUUGGAGGACACCGAGAGCGAGGCGUCGGAGCCCGAGGACAGGGCGUCCAGGAAGCCCCGGGCCAAGAGGGCGCGCACCGCCCCCAGGGGCCUGACUCCGGCCGGCGCGCCCCCCACCGCGUCCGGGGCCCGCAAAACCCGCGGGGGCGGCCGAGGCCGAGGCCGGGGCGUCACUCCCGAGAAGAAAGCCGGGAGCCGGGGCUCGGCCCAGGACGACGCCGCGGGAAGCCGGAAGAAGAAGGGGAGCGCGGGCGCCGGGGCCAAUGCCAGGGCAGGCGAGGCCAAGGGCCAGGCGCCCACUGGAUCCAAGGCCGCACGCGGGAAGAAGGCCCGUCGGGGCCGGAGGCUGCCCCCCAAAUGCCGCUAGUGGCCCCCCAGGAAGCCGCCCAGGCUGCGAGCAGGGCCCGCAGGGCGCCUGCCCGAGUGUGGCCCCCGCCCUCCCCUUCCCUUUUCCUGCCCUCCGCAGACGCGAUCUCCUCGCUUCACCGCACGCCCGGGCCGCGUUUUGCCGGCGUCACGUUUCCCUCUUGGGCCCUAGUGGGCUCGGAGCGCCAGCGAUCCCGACGGAGGAAGCACGGAUGGGAGGAGGAAGGAGAAGUGGGCGCCUGAGGCAGCAGCCCAGGGCCGAGAUGGGGACGCGCUGAGUGGACCAGGGUUGGGGGGCCCGAGUCGCCCCCGCAGGGUGUGUGUGUGGACGCCAGGCACCUGCAGAGGCGAGCAGGGCUCUUCGUGGCGCUCUCGCUCUCGGGGCCUGCGCCUGGCAGGGACUGUCGGCCGCUGUCGCCCCUACCCCAGUCUGACUCUGCCCUGGGUCUGUGGUGGAGGCUCGGUCACCAGCUGCGCAGCGCGUGUCAGGGCGCAACUCUCAGCGAGGGGAGGCCCCAGCUCCCAGCCAGGGAAAGAGAUGAUUCCAGAAAGGACAGGCUGAGAGAGAGAAGGCGGUUGGGAAGGGGAGGAGGAGGAAAGGGGAGAGGAACGGUAGGGGAAGGGAAGGAGGAGGAGGAGUGGGAGGAGGAAGAGCAGAGGGAAGACGCAUGCCAGCCCUACCCACCGGGAAGCCCCUGAUACACAGGAACCAGCUCCAGGCCAAGGCCACCUGCCCCGACCACAAGUUGAAUUUGUCACUCAAACUGCAGUGUUUCCCAACAUUCUAAUUAUUUGUGGAGGUGUUCCAUUUGGGGUAAUUCACAUAAAAUCCAGAGUUUUGGCUCUUCUGGGCUGCGUGGGCCCUUGCCCCCUCCCAUAGGUUGUGGCUCCCCUGUUCCUCUCUAUCCUCUGGAGCUGGCCCAUCGCUCAGCACUGGCCUUGCAGCACUUACUAAAGGCCUUGAAAAUGCCUGGGUUCACCCCCUGAGUGAAUUAAAGCCAGAGGGGCCUCUGAAGGGCACUGUGAGAGACAGAGGCUCGCCUGGGCAGUGCAGAAGCCGGCCACGUGUCCCUCCUUACAGGGGAUGAAAUGACCUGGGGAGGAAACCCCAGCCCUUCCCUGGAGCUUCCAGAGUAGGCGGCCAGUGCUGUGAGGCUUCACCACCUGCUGUCCCAAGCAAGCUUGAGUUGUGUGUGAGUCCGCGCCGUGCUGUCCUGUACCGUAUGCUUCAGCUCCCCCAACCCCUGCUGAGCUUGAUUUUUCCCUAAAUACCAGUCUCCACGGGACCCCACAUUCGUUCAUGCCUUCUUGUCCCUAGGGUAAUGUGUGUGUUUCCUCGUCCCAAUUUCUAUCCCUUGGCAGUGAGGAGCCCAUCGUGCCAGGGGGCCCUGCCCUGCUUGUCCCUGGGAAGGAAUGGGGGGCCUGGGUGUGACCUCAGAGCCCGGACCAGACUGUCCCAGUCCCAUGUCAGGGACACCCAGAUGCAGAUGCUGUCUGAGACCUGCUGCAGGGCGUGGGUGCUCCUCCCUGCUUGGAGGCUGUUCCUGGAUGGCGACCCACCCACUGAGGACCAGGCCAGGUGCGCCUAGAGCUGGGCACAGCAGCCUGUGGUGUUGCCUGUGGGUGGAGAGGGCCCCAGGUGUGCUUCUCCCGUAGCGGUCCUAAACUUCUGUCCCUGUGCACUGUGUCACCUGGAUCAUCCAGUAAAGUGAAAUUCAGCACUGUG